AUGUUGACAGUCUUAGAUUGUAGUAGGUUGUAUGUCAAAAUAUUUUUGUUUUGUUCAUCGUAUUUUUACUUUUUUCAAAGCUUAAUAUGUAAAAGAAUUAAUUAUUUCAUGAUUUUUAUUUAUUGACUAUACAAGGUAAAUGUAGUUGUGUAGUUUAGAUGUCAUGUUUUGGAGGCAUAUUCUCCAUAGCUAUUGGUGGUAGUCAUGUCAGAGUGUGCGCUGGUAGCCAGUGUAAGCGAUCAUGAUGCCAGUAUGGAUGUGGGUAACGACAAAUCCCUAUUCGAGCCUACUAUUGAUAUGAUGGUAAAUGAUUUUGACGACGAGAGAACAUUAGACGAAGAAGAAGCUUUGGCGGCAGGUGAGCAUCAAGACCCGAAGGCUGAAUUAAAUAGUCUACAGCGGGAAGGUGAUAUGCCUUUAGAGGAAUUACUUGCUUUAUACGGUUACAAUAGAAAUAUGGAUAAACCUAUUCCAGAGCAACCACCAGAGGUGGUGCCAGAGGAGAAUGAAAAGACGGAAUCGGCUUUGCAGCAGUUAUACAGUGACAACACUAGUCCUGAGGCCACACGGUGCCUCCGGUCAGGUUCCAGACCACCAUCUGAAGAAGAAGAUGACUAUGAUUAUAGUCCUGAUGAAGAUGAUUGGAAGAAAACGAUAAUGGUAGGUAGUGAUUAUCAAGCAGCUAUACCAGAAGGAUUGUGUAGCUAUGAUGAUGCUUUACCUUAUGAAAAUGAGGAUAAGUUACUGUGGAAUCCCAGUGUUCUUGAUGAAAAAGUGAUUGAGGACUAUAUGAAAAAAAAUUGUGCUAUAAAUUCAGGAACUGGUGUUGAUGCUGUACCCAAAGGUAAGCAAUUACGUGAUGAUGAGGAAGCUUUAUUCCUACUACAGCAAUGUGGUCAUAAUGUAGAGGAAGCACUAAGAAGGCGAAGGAUUUCAGCCCAGACACCUGCUCAUGCAAGUGUGUGGUCAGAGGAAGAGUGUAGAAAUUUCGAAAAUGGCAUCAAAGUUCAUGGUAAAGAUUUCCAUUUAAUCCGCCAACAAAAGGUCAGAACAAGAUCAGUUGGAGAACUCGUACAAUUUUAUUAUAUUUGGAAAAAGACAGAGAGACAUGAUAUAUUUGCAAAUAAGACACGGUUAGAAAAGAAAAAGUAUACUUUGCAUCCUGGUCAUACUGAUUACAUGGAUAGGUUUUUGGAAGAACAGGAAGCAUCAGGCACAAGUGUUGUUCGGCCUGUUUCGCCCACACCCAUGAUGAUGUAUGUGCCUUCACCAGCUGCUCAGCCUGAUCCUUUGGCCCUAGGAGAAAAGGAGGUGUUUUCCCAACUGAACCCUCACACAACACCCCCCAGGACCUUGUCCACUGAGGAACCAGAACCUGAUACAGUUUCCUAAUACAUGUACAUUUGGCUAUGCCAUUUUUCGUGUAGAAUGCACUGUUUAUGACAUAAUUGUUGUUAAAAACUUAGCUAUUCCUGUAUUCAUAAUUAUUUUAAUGUUGACGAGGUUUUCAAACAUGAUGCCCUAGUUUUUUUAUACAAAUAUGGACAGAUCAGUGUAAAUAAUAAUUAGUCUUGGAUUUUUUUUUAUAUGGGAAUAGUGUUGCUCAGAAAUUGAAGUGUUGUAACUGUUGCGACAUUUAUAAAAUGUUGCUAUAGUUUUAUAGUAAUGUUAUUUCUGUGAUGUUUAAAUGUCGUUCAGAAUAAACAUACAAUGCUAGCUGUUUGAUAAAAUGCUUCACCUUAUAACAAAUAUAAUUAGACUACUUGGUUUCUGUAUUAAAUUUGAUUUUAAGUUGAGAAUUUACAUUGAAAAAGUGCUUUUUUAUUGUUUUUGAAUUAGUAAUAUAUUGCUGUUCAUAAGUACUUAGAUGUAGACAUACAAAUAUGUAACGGAAUCAAAUAGUUUAAUUAUAUUGAUAUGAGUGAUUUUUAAAAUAGUAAACAGUGUAAAUAUUUACCUACAUGUCCAAUGUAUGUAUCACUACAAUUACAAUUUUUUUUCAGUAUUUUUUACAUUUUAACUCAAUAAUUAUUUUUAAAUUUUUAAUAAAAAUGUAUGAUUUAUUUAAUUCAAUGCGAAUUGUUUUUGUAAGUUAUUUUUCUUUUAAUUUAAAUUUAGGAUUUCUAAGUCUAUGUCUAAUGAUUUUUAAUUUUAUUUAAAAAUAAUCAUUAUUAUGUUCUAAUAUUUUGAUAAAUAAUUCUUAAAUUAUCAGUGAAUAAUUGAAUAGUGUAAGUUUCGCUUAUAUAUUAUAACUAUGAAAAUUAUUGUUUUAUUAAAUAUAUAUUAGUUAUACAGUGCCUAUUGCUAAAGCUAUAUUUUAAUAUGCAUAAUAGAAUAAAUGUACUAUUAAAAAGCAUAUCAGAAUAAAAAGAUAACUGAAAUUGAACUAUUGCAAUAAUUUUUCAACUUAAGUAUGAAUGCAAAUUAUAUGAUUUUCAUUAAAAACAUAUUUUUAAACAAAAAAACAUAGUUUAAUCCAAUUGAUAUACAUAUAAUUAUACUUAAUUACAUAUUAAAUAUAAUAGAGUCCAUUUCAUUAGUAAUUGACAUAAAUUGUUUUUUUCUACAACAAAAUCAAUUAAUAUUCAAUAUGCAUAUUAGUUUAAUUAACAAUUAAACUAAUAUCUGAGAUGUAUUGAUUUAUUGUGGAAUGGACUAUAUUUUUAAGUAUAUAGAGCUGUCAUUUGUCUAAUAGCCACAUUGGUCAAUUGCCCUAGAUAGUUUCAACAUUAAAUAAAAUAAAUAUUUUCUUGUCAAUGAUUUUAUCACAUUAUAUAUAUAUACCUAAAUUAUUUUAAAACCUUAUACAAGAUGAAAUUGCAGGAUUUUAACGACGGCGCUAAAUACUUACAUUUAGAAUAUAAUGUUUGUUUUGUUACAGUUUAUGGACAUGGAAACUAUAAAGUGGUAUAAUAAAUUGCUAGUUCUUCAUGUCAUGAUACAUUCUUAAGAGGUGAUAUCCAUGUAUUUCUAAUCGAAUGCAAAAAAAAAAGAUAGUUUUGGGUUGAAAUACAUUUUAAGACUGUUCGAAGGGUUAUGAUAAAUACCCACAUAAGUACAAACUGCAGUUUGUUUUAUAUUUGCACGUAUAAUAAUAAGUUUUUUACGUCUAGUACGUAGAUAAUGGUGUAAAAAAUUAAUUUAAGAAUAAACAGUGCAAACCCUAAUAA